AUGAGGAAGAAGAAGAAGAAGCGCUGAGGCCUGAGCUGUGCUCGUCUGUUGUUUUCUCUCCUUAAGUCAAAUAAAACCUCAAGUUCGGCCUCAGUUGCCGUCUCGACUGAAUCAAAAAUUCGGGGCGGACUUUGAUACCGCGUGAAACGUCCCCGCGGUUCCCGGAGAGCAGUCUGUUGUCUUCCGUUAGCGUCUGAAGUGAGCUGACUGAUCCUCGGGGGAGACGGCCUGCAGGUGAGUCACGUGGUGCAGGUGCCGUCUACACAGCGGGAGUCCCGGGUGUGCAGGGACGGGUGGCGACCCUGGACGUGGUGCCGGUGCUGCAGGGAUGGAGCCUCCUGCAGGAGAGGAGCAGCUGUGCGUGCUGCUGCUGGAGCACGGGGCGGGGCAGCACGUGGCCCGCAGUGACGCCGGCUGCCAGUGGGAGGGGCCCGACCCGGACCUGAAGGAGGACCGGAAGGAGGACCGGAGGGAGGUGGGGUGCCAGAGCGACCUGGCGGAGACCCGGGACGCCGGCGUCCAGGUGGACCUGCUGAGCCAGCAGCUGAGCUGGAGACACUCAGGCCCGUCAACCAUGCUGCUUCGCUGCCGACCCGACGGUGAGGACGGAGGCGCUCUGCUGCAGCACUGCUCCACCAACCGCACCAGAACCAGAAUCAUCCGACCCGCCAUCAAGUUCUCUGAUGCACCUGCUGAGUCCAAGGCCAGUGUCCGGAGAAGAGCACCACCUCAGAGCUUCUCUACCACUAGACAGAGUCUGUCACAACGCCGUAGCCGCCAGAAGUCACCUGACCAGCAGGAGGAGGAGGAGGAGGAGGAGGAAGAAGUAGAGGAGGAGAUGAUGACGGUGGAGGAGGACACAGGUGAUCCCACCUGGGAUCCAGCUGAAGGAGAUAUGGAGUCCCGGCUGCUCCCUUCUGCUCUCGGAGACGCCCAGCUGGACUCGGACUCCCAGCAUGCACCUCUGUGUGACGUCAAGCUAGAGCUGGAACCUGACAACAGCGUAUGUGACGUUUGUGGAAAGGUGAUGAAGAACAAGUCGAGUCUGGCAAGGCACUCGUUCAUCCACACGGGGAAGAAGCCGUUCGCCUGCCACCUGUGCGAGCUGCGCUUCAACCGCCGCGACAACCUGCAGCACCACCUGACCCGGCUGCACCCCAACGGCGUGGCCAAGCUGGAGAAGCAGAGGCAGGUGCAGGCGUGGCUGUGCGCCGUCUGCGGGAAGACGUUCAGCUGCAGGUCCCGGCUGAAGACCCACGAAGUCAUCCACUCCGGCGUCAAGCCGCACCGCUGCGACCUCUGCCCCAAGGCCUACAUGCGGACCAACGACCUGGAGCACCACAAGAAGAUGGUGCACGUGGACGGCGCCGGCGCCGCCGAGCUGCAGCGGCCCAGCUCGCUGCUCUGCGACUUCUGCGGCAAGGAGUUCAAGUGCAAGUCCCAGCUCGCCAUCCACUUCCAGACGCACACCGGCGAGCGGCCGCACCUGUGCGACAUCUGCGGCCGCAAGUUCGGGCGCCAGUACCAGCUCAAGCGCCACAAGAUCCUGGUGCACGCCAACCACAUGGACGGCGAGGAGAACCUGCCGCCCGACGCGGCGUUUGUCUGCGUUGUCUGCGGAAAGCGGCUGAAGUCGGAGGCGCUGCUCCACGCCCACGCUCGCAUGCACACGGGCGACAAGCCGUACCGCUGCAGCAUCUGCCUGCGCAGCUUCCAGCGCGCCGCCUGCCUGAAGCAGCACCACGCUCGCGUACACCUCAAGAUGAAGGCCGGCGACGCGUCGCACGCCGCCAGCCGCAGGAGGGGCUCGCACGCCGCCAACACCUUCCCCUGCUCCGUCUGCAGCAAGGUCUUCAAGUUCCGCUCCCUGCUGGCCAGCCACUCGCUGAUCCACAGCGAGCUGCGCCCCUUCGCCUGCGACUUCUGCAGCCGCAGCUUCCGCCGCCUCAGCCACCUGAAGCGGCACCGCGAGGUGGUGCACGCCAACGGGGCGCGCCUGCCCCAGAGCUUCGUCUGCCACAUCUGCGGCAAGGACAAGAAGUGCCGCUCGCAGCUCGCCAGGCACGUCAUCAUCCACACGGGCGAGCGGCCCUUCGUCUGCGACCUCUGCCCCGCCCGCUUCAAUCGCCACGGCAACCUGCAGCAGCACAAGAAGCGGAUGCACGGCGUGGGCAAGCCGGCGGACGAGGAGGACGUGCCCGUCCUGUUUGGUGACGAGGAUGAGGACUAUGACGACGAGGACGACGACAUGGCGGAGACGGCGGACGCCUUGGAAUCGGCAGAGGAGCAGUUCGACGCCGCGCCGGACGACAUGGAGGUCGCCGCACAGCUGGAGACCACCUGAACAAAGAUCCAAGCUCGCUAGCAGCGUCCUUGGAGGACGCCAGAGAAACACGCUGGAUCCGAGGGGAGGGUCGCACCCUCCGCCGAUCAGAACUAUCAAUUUUAACUUUUGAGAUGCUUCUUAAUGAUAAAUUGAGCUUUCAGUCACAUGGCAGAAUCAACCGGGGUCGCCACGGCAACGCACUCUCUGGGGCAGAGAGGCUGACGAAGGCUGGCGUGUGGAAGGGGGUCAGCUGAACUGACAGGAGACGUCCCCACGGCAACGGGACCAGAAGCUCCGUCGGAGGAGGGAGGAGCUGGAGCUGCUCUCCAGACCUGGACACGUCCCAGGACACGAUUGGACCUCACUAAGACCCGAUUGUCCUCAGUAGGUGCUGGCUGUGGUCAGACGGGGCCCGUUCUGCCUCUGACUGAACCGGACGCUUCGGUGUUGCCUUGCAGGAGGUCGACCAGCCGUCACCACGGACCGGCUGGGAGAAACACAUGUGACUUUUCUAAAUGUUUGAGCUGAUUAAACCUAAGAAAGAACGCUGCCUUAUUGUUGUCGAUGCUUUUCUUGCACUGGUCAGAUCGGAGGACGUGACGGCGCUGCGGCCGAGGCCUCCACAUGUCCUGGUUUUCAGCUGGGGUUUGUGUUCUGGGCAGGGGUGAAAGUAGAUUAAAGUUCUUGCUGGUACAACUAUCCCAACCUUCAUAGCUUGUUCUCCUCCCACCUCCAGCUUCUUCAUCCCUGAACACACAUUCAAUUUUUUAACGCCUGUACGGUGUAGAAAUUAGAAACACAACACUGUGUAGGCCUAUAGCAAAUGAUUUAUUUAAAUGGUGUUAAUAAAGGCCAGUCCGGACCAAGGAUUGUCACAGAAUAAUUUGUAAAUGUUGACAAAACUUUCAAAAUCAUAACAAUUUGUUUUGUUUCAAAUUAGAAUAAAUUUACAGUUAAAUUCAUCAGCAUCUUAACGGUUAACAAGUCUCUGUCUUUGAAUUUUCAGAACAUUGG